GAUCCUCUCAUAUCCCACGGGCGUCACUUUGGUCGAACAGUAUUUGCACUGUGUAACUACCCCUCUCUACUCACCAAUGGUAUCCUUAGAUUAGAACAAAUGGAAGAUACUCCUCUGGAGAACUUCUUUGCUGAAGAACGACGUGAACAUUGUGUCUUUGAACAACUUUUAGAAUCUUAUCCUGGCCUUUUAGAGCGCUUACAAAAUGGGUCUGAAGAAGAAAUUCUCCACAUUGGAGAGCUAAUUGGUAAAGGAGCUGCAGGUGCGAGAGGCGAUGUCACAAAAACCCUGAAGUCUGCCAUUCUUGAUUGGAUUUCCCCACAAGGGGCAGCAAUCCAGCCCCCUUUGCACAGGAACUCAAAGAUUGAUCGCGGAUUCAACCACGAGCUUACCGGAUCACUGCUUUGUCCCGCUGGGUUGGACUGGAACAAUACAGAGUAUAGAACCUUCAGAGCGGCGAAUUGUCAGGUGUGCGGAGAUCAAUGGCCUAUUUUUUUGUUCGCCCACUAUACAUAUGAUACAGAAGACCCAUGGUGUGGGCUUCUUAGGAGCUGCUUGCUGGUAUGCGCUUACAAGCACGUCUUUACAUCCCCGAGUUCAGUCGACAAAGAACCAAAAGCCACAUGGUCCGGAAAUGCUCGUCUCCAUGGGAUAAAUUCGGUCACCAUUGCUUCUAUUGCAUAUGUUGCAACUCAGGUUCACUCCUCCUCGGUGUUCUCAUGGACCGACACUACUAUGGACUCAGAGACCUUUUACCAUAGCCUCCUUGACCUUUUCGAGGAGCUGCUGACAUGGUGGAAUCGUCAGGUCUUCCCUACUUCCUCUGCUGCCAAACGAUCAGUUAGCAGCUAA